AUGGAAGUUCAUGAUGAGGUGAGCUCGGACUACCAGGUCCUCUCGAGGAUGGCAACAUGUGAUGGCCAUGGAGAGAACUCCUGCUACUUUGAUGGAUGGAAAGCGUACGAUGAAGACCCUUUCCACUCGACCAAAAACUCCAACGGAGUCAUCCAAAUGGGACUCGCAGAAAACCAGCUCUGCCUCGAGUUGAUUCAAGAAUGGAUUAAGAAGAACCCACAGGCGUCAAUCUGCACGAAGGAGGGAGUGUCGGAUUUCAAAGACAUUGCCAAUUUCCAGGACUAUCACGGCCUACAAAAUUUCAGAGAGGCGAUCGCUUUGUUUAUGGAGAAAGUGAGAGGUGGAAAAGUUAAAUUUGACCCGGACCGCAUCGUAAUGAGCGGCGGAGCCACCGGAGCACAAGAAACGCUUGCAUUUUGUCUCGCUAACCCUGGCCAAGCUUUCCUCGUUCCGACACCAUAUUAUCCGGCAUUCGAUCGAGACUUCCAAUGGAGGACGGGAGUGAAGCUCCUUCCCAUUCACUGUGACAGCUCCAACAACUUCAAGAUCACUAAAACUGCGCUGGUAAAUGCCUUCCAGGACGCGCGUAACUCCAGAAUUACCGUCAAGGGAAUCCUGGUAACCAACCCUUCCAAUCCCCUGGGCACCGUCAUGGACACCAAGACACUGCGAACUCUCGUCAGCUUCGCCUGCGAGAAGAGAAUCCACUUGAUCUGCGACGAGGUCUUCUCUGGGACCGUCUUCGGCGAGCCCGAAUACGUCAGCGUGGCUGCGAUCCUCGACGAAGUCUCCCCCCAUUGCGACAGGGCCCUGUUCCACAUCGCCUACAGCUUGUCCAAGGACCUGGGCGUCCCUGGAUUCCGCGUGGGGAUCAUCUACUCCUUUAACGACGCGGUUGUCCGAUGCGCUCGCAGGAUGUCCAGCUUCGGGCUGGUGUCCACUCAGACGCAGAGGCUGCUGGCCAACAUGCUGCGCGACGACCACUUCACGACCAAUCUCUUGGCAGAGAACAAGCGGCGGCUGCGUCUUCAGCACCAGCGUUUCACGGCGGGGCUGAGCGAGGUCGGGAUACAUUGCUUGGACGGCAGCGCGGGGCUGUUUUGCUGGAUGAACUUGCAGUGGAUGUUGAAAGCGGAGACGGUGGCGGCAGAGCUGGAGCUUUGGCGGGUGAUUAUCUAUGAUGUUAAGCUCAACAUAUCGCCGGGGUCGUCAUUCCACUGCUCGGAGCCUGGGUGGUUCAGGGUGUGCUUCGCAAACAUGGAUGAGGAGACCAUGGACGCCGCGCUGGAGAGAAUCAGGAGGUUCGUGCAGCGGACGGCGAGUGAUAAACCUCGAACGAUAAAGAGCAACAAGAAGAGGUGGCGUCCGUCGCGGCGCUUGAGCGUGCCUCCGGAGUUCAACAGCAGCACCGUGAUGAGCCCACGGCUGAUAUCACCGCGGCCGCCUCUGGAUCAAACCGCCAACUGA